CAACUCGCUCCUCCUCGGCCUCCUCAUAACUCUAUCCCAAACUCUCUUCCCGUCUCCAUCUGCACCGACGACCUCGGACUUUUUAUCCUCUUCAACUUGCAUCUGCGUCUAGUCCUGCGACGCGCCUCGCUUCCCAGUGUACUCUUAUUCUAGUGUGCCGCGACGCGUCGACGCGUUCUUUCACCGUUCUCCAGUUCCGCCUUCCUCCCGCCCACAACCGCAUUCCGCCAGUAUCACGACAUCCUUGGCCAUGUCCGAUCUCCCAGACCAGAAGCGUCAGCUGCGCGAUGCGCACGCCCGCGCCGCCGCCGAGCCCACCACCGCCGACAUUUACGGCCAGCGCCAUGGCAUUCCCGAUGACGUGCAGGCUGCCCUGCAGAACGUCGGGCGGCGGAAUCGCAUGAUGGUAUCCCAAGGCCGUUCAUUCCAGCCCACCCAGUCCCUCCCCAUCCUGCCUUCCUCCUCCGGCAUAUUCCUGAGCGACCGCGACGCGCAGGCUCAAGCCCGCCUCAUUGUGAAGGACGACCUCCGUCUCCGCGAACUCCAGCCCUACUCAUCGACAUCGACGAACGCGCUCUCGCUCUCUCCCCGCACGCGCGCUGCCGAGCUCGACGCGCGCAUCCGCUUCAACCCUGACGGCGAGGCGGUCCUCGAGCGGCGGCGGGGCCACAAGCGUGGCGGCGCAGACGCAGAUGCAGGCUCGGACACGGAGGAAGACGAGCCCGACGCCGUCAACCAUGCGCUGCCGCCCCCCAAUGCUCAGGCCGCGCGUCCCAUGGCCGCGGCGGCAGAUGACUUCCCCCCCGUCUUCACGGCGCCCACCUCCGUUCCGGAGCUGUUUGGCGCCAUGCCGCCCCCGCCCGUGCCGACGCGCGCGUUCGCCGGCAUGCCCCGCCGCCAGCUGCGGCCAACGAUGAGCGCUCCGGUCGGGCGUCUGGGCAGUGAGCAGGGCGGGCUGCGCGGGUUCGGGAUGGCGGUCGACGACGAUGAUGACGGAUUCGAUGUGGCGGACUGGGCGGCCGACCAGGAGGGUGCCGGCGAUAUCGGGGGAUGGGCGCGGAGUGAGCAGUUCUAACUUCAUAGCGUGUGUGUACGAUCUCUUUGUGAAGUGGGAGGGGCUCAGACUGGUCAGUGUGGGGGGCUCGAGUGUAGUGUGUGCUGCCAUCCCAAGGUUGCUGCCAUGAGAGAAGAGGCACGCGACGUUAAGAGAAGAUGGCACGCAGAUUGGGAAUCGACAAUAUUGACGUUUCAUGAGAAAACUUGGAGAUUCAGAGGGCAUACCAGGGACUG